AUGUCUUCGCCUUCAAAGCGCGUAAAGGAUGAUGCUUCCUUGAGCUCAUCUGUUCUUUCCAUGUGGUUGUGUCGUCAGAUUCUGUUGAUUGGAGAUUCUGGUGUUGGCAAGAGUAGUCUUCUUCUAAGUUUUAUCUCCAACUCUGUUCGUGACCUUUCUCCUACUAUUGGUGUGGAUUUUAAGAUCAAGAAGCUCACCGUUGGUGGCAAAAGAUUGAAGCUAACAAUUUGGGACACAGCUGGGCAGGAGAGGUUUGGAACAUUAAUAAGCUCUUAUUAUAGGGGUGCACAUGGAAUUAUCCUUGUUUAUGAUGUGACACGACGAGAAACCUUCGAGAACUUGUCAGACAUAUGGGCAAAGGAAGUGGAGCUCUACUCCACGAAUAAUGACUGUAUCAAAAUUCUAGUUGGAAACAAAGUUGAUAGGGAUAGUGAAAGAGCUGUAAGUAGAGAAGAGGGGAUGGCUCUUGCUCAAGAGCAUAAAUGUUCAUUUCUUGAAUGCAGUGCUAAAACCAGCGAAAAUGUUUUGCAAUGUUUUAAAGAACUCACAUUACAGAUGCUGGAGGUACCUAGUUUAUUGGAAAAUGGCUCGGUAGUAGUGAAACAACAGAUUAUGAAAGAGAAACAAGUACAUCAGGCAACUCGUGGUGGCGGCAGGGGUGGCAAAUCGAUAGAAGGCGAACUGGUGCUAAUGGAAACUGGGUGGCCAGAUCUCCUUGAGUUUUUUCUUGAAGAUCUAUUAUCGUGCUUGAUAUCAAUACUUUGUCCAAAUAGAAGAUGUAAUAUGGAUAGAAAAGUAGAUAUAUAUGUGCCACUUGAGCUUAAUUGGCAUCCACAUUCCCCAUUCCAGGGAGGUGAGGUCUUGGGGUCUCGGAUUCGAGCCCCUCUAAGAAAGAAUGCGUUGUUGAAAGCAGAAAAUAAGAAUGUUGUUAUAACUGUGUUCAUUUCAGCAUGUCAUGCUGGCCGUGAUGUGUUUGCCGUACCUCAGGGGAUCACCAUGACGAUUCAUAAUAGUGGAGAGGAAGAGAUGGGGCGUCCUCCAAUGGGAAUGGAAUGCGUCAAAGAGAUAGAAAUUAAACAGCUAGCACAUAGUUUGGCUUCAGUCAACUUGGCUACAUGGGUUGGGCAAAACAAGGCUGCAGGAAUCAACACUAUCCUUAUGAGGCUAACAGUGAGUGCAACACUGCUUGUAGUGUUCCUUGCGAGAGCUAGUGGAAUUGAUAUCUUCCUUGAAUGGAAUGUUGCACUUGACAAUACCAUCAGACCUGUUGCUGUUGAACAACCAGUUAUUACCAUCAAUGGGAUGUUCCCUGGACCUCUGAUCAAUGCUACAACAAACGAUUUCAUCCAUGUCAAUGUUUUCAACAAGAUGGAUGAACCUUUGCUCUUUACAUGGAAUGGCAUACAGCAGAGAUUAAACUCAUGGCAAGAUGGAGUUUCUGCGACAAACUGUCCUAUUCUACCCGGUACAAACUGGACUUAUGCGUUUCAGACUAAGGACCAAAUAGGCAGUUACUUCUACUUUCCUUCUAUCAACUUCCUGAAAGCUGCUGGAGGAUUUGGACCAAUUAGAGUCAACAAUCGCAACGUCAUUGCUGUCCCCUUCCCCAAACCAGAAGCUGAGUUUGAUCUUCUGAUUGGUGAUUGGUUUUAUGAUAGUUACAACAAAACCAGAUCAUUGAUGGAAACCAUGGCAGAUGCUGUUACCCCAGAUGUUAUUCUAACGAAUGGCAAAGGCCCUUAUGGCCAUUCAUCCUCAAAAGCCUACGAGUCCUUCACUGUCACAAAAGGAAAGACUUACAGAUUCAGGAUAUCAAAUGUUGGGAGUGCCUUCAGUUUCAACUUCAGGAUUCAAAAUCAUACGAUGGUUUUGGUGGAAACAGAAGGGUCUUACACCAAUCAGAUAACACUGGAUUCUCUUGAUGUGCAUGUUGGCCAAUCCUACUCGGUUCUUGUCACUGCUGAUCAGAAUGAGGCUGAUUACUACUUCGUGGCAAGCCCUUUGUUGCUCAACACUAGCAGUUCUAGUGGUUUUGAUGGCGCAGGGGUGCUACACUAUUCGAAUUCCCCUGCACCAGUUAAUGGCCCUCUACCGGGAGGUCCUGAUCCAUUUGAUCUGGAUUCUUCUGUCAAUCAAGCUAGAUCUAUCAGGUGGAACCUGACAGCAGGUGCUGCAAGGCCUAACCGACAAGGAGCUUUUAAUGUAACAAAUAUCACCUUGUCUCAAACCUUCAUCCUAGACGGAUUAAUGGCAGAAAUUGAAGGUUCACAACGCUAUGCUGUCAACAAUGUGUCAUACUACACCUUAAACACCCCAUUAAAACUUGCAGAUCACUUCGUCAACGGCUCUGGUGUCUACCAACUAGAUUGGUUUCCAGUUAAUUCUGUCAAUUCUAAGGCUUCUUAUGGAGUUUCUGUAGUUACUGGAGUUCACAAAGGAUGGAUAGAACUUGUCUUUGUAAAUAGUUUGAACACCAUAGAUGCUUGGCAUCUAGAUGGUUUCGGGUUCUACGUUGUUGGAUUUGGCAAUGGAUUUUGGGGACCUGAAGCUCGCAAAGAUUACAACAUUUUCGAUCCAGUUGUCCGGUCAACCGUGCAAGUGUACCCCAACGGAUGGACUGCAGUUUAUGCUUUCCUUGACAAUCCUGGAAUGUGGAACCUCAGGUCACAAAGCUUGAAAAACUGGUACUUGGGCCAAGAACUAUACAUUCGAGUCUUCGACCCUGAUCCUAACCCUGCCAAGGAGCGUCCACCGCCUAGCAACCUGCUUCUAUGUGGCAUUUUUGCUCCUGAUUCUGAGUCUCCAGCCAGCGAACCCGUUCCUGUUCCAUCUGCAUGA